CAAGAUUCGGCAUCUAAUUGGUGUUUGAACUUCAGAAAGUUUCCUUUUAUAUAGCGUCUGAUGGCAGAGAAGAUGUUAAGAAGCAUUUCUAUUGGCUCGGAAGAUGGCAGUGUCAGGGGAUGGGACUAUAUGAACCCCUUCCUGGUGUGAGAGCCUCCAUUAAGGGCCCAGAGGACCCCUCAUGUAGUUUGGGGAAACUGAAGCUGUUACCCAAAGACAAGAGGAUCAGAGAACCAUGAACGGACACUGCUUUCUCCAGGGACUUGUCUGUCUGCUCUUUAGCAUCCUAUCGCGUGCUCAAGGCAGCAAACAGCUCCGCCUGGUGGACGGGGAUGGUCCUUGCGCCGGGAGAGUGGAGAUCCUUGACCAGGGCUCCUGGGGCACCAUCUGUGAUUACCGCUGGGACCUGAACGAUGCCCGCGUGGUGUGCAGACAGCUGGGCUGUGAAGAAGCCCUUGAUGCCACUGUCUCUUCCUCCUUUGGGGCAGGAUCUGGGCCCAUUUGGCUGGACAACGUGAGGUGCACAGGAAAGGAGUCCCACGUGUGGAACUGCCCUUCCCGGGGCUGGGGGAAGCACUACUGCGAUCAUAGCCAGGAUGCAGGAGUCAUCUGCUCAGGAUUUGUGCGUCUGGCUGGAGGGGAUGGACCCUGCUCAGGGCGAGUAGAAGUGCAUUCUGGAAAAGCCUGGACCCCAGUAUCUGAUGGGAACUUCACACUCCCCACUGCCCAGGUCAUUUGUGCAGAGCUGGGAUGUGGCAAGGCUGUGUCUAUCCUGGGACAUGUGCCCUUCAGAGAGUCAGAAGGCCGGGUCUGGGCUGAAGAGUUCAGGUGUGAGGGGGAGGAGCCCAAGCUCCGGGUCUGCCCCAGAGUGCCCUGUCCAGGGGGCAGGUGUCACCACAGUGGAGCUGCUCAGGUUGUCUGUUCAGUGUACACAGACAUCCAGCUCAUGAAAAAUGGCACCUCUCAGUGUGAGGGGCGGGUGGAGAUGAACAUUUCUGGACGAUGGAGAGCGCUCUGUGCCUCCCACUGGAGUCUGGCCAAUGCCAAUGUUGUCUGUCGGCAGCUCGGCUGUGGCGUCGCCAUCUCCACCCCAAACGGAGCAGAAGGAAGGGAUCAACUGUGGAAAGCCCGAUUUCACUGCUCAGGGACUGAGUCCUUCCUGUGGCAAUGCCCUGUGACUGCCCUGGGUGGUCCUGACUGUUCCCAUGGCAACACUGCCUCUGUGAUCUGCUCAGGAAACCAGACCCAGGUGCUGCCCCAGUGCAAUGACUCUGUGUCUGAACCAGCAGGGUCUGCAGCCUCAGAGGAGAGCGCCCCCUACUGCUCAGACAGCAGACAGCUCCGCCUGGUGGACGGGGGCGGUCCCUGCGCCGGGAGAGUGGAGAUCUUUGACCAGGGCUCCUGGGGCACCGUCUGUGAUGACGGCUGGGACCUGAACGAUGCCCGCGUGGUGUGCAGGCAGCUGGGCUGUGGAGAAGCCCUCAGUGCCACGGGGUCUGCUCACUUCGGGGCAGGAUCAGGGCCCAUCUGGCUGGACGACCUGAACUGCGCUGGAAAUGAGUCCCAUGUGUGGAGGUGCCCUUCCCGGGGCUGGGGACGGCAUGACUGCAGACACAAGGAGGACGCGGGGGUCAUCUGCUCAGAGUUCCUGGCCCUCAGGACGGUCAGCGAGGACCAGCAGUGUGCUGGGUGGCUGGAAGUUUUCUACAACGGGACCUGGGGCAGUGUCUGCCGCAGCCCCAUGGAUGAGGUCACCGUGUCCAUCAUCUGCAGACAGCUUGGCUGUGGGGACAGUGGAAGUCUCAACACGUCUGUUGGUCUCAGAGAAGGUUCUAGACCCCAGUGGGUAGAUUUAAUCCAAUGUCGGAAAACUGAUACCUCUCUCUGGCAGUGUCCUUCUGACCCAUGGAAAUACAGUUCAUGCUCUCCAAAGGAGGAAGCCUACAUCUCAUGUGCAGGAAGAAGACCCAAGAGCUGUCCAGCUGCUGCCCCCUGCACAGACAGAGAGAAGCUCCGGCUCAGGGGAGGAGACAGCGAGUGCUCAGGGCGGGUGGAGGUCUGGCACAGCGGCUCCUGGGGCACCGUGUGCGAUGAUUCCUGGAGCCUGGCAGAGGCCGAGGUGGUGUGUCAGCAGCUGGGCUGUGGCCCGGCCCUGGAAGCCGUGCGGGCCGCGGCGUUUGGCCCUGGAAACGGGAGCAUCUGGCUGGACGAGGUGCGGUGCGGGGGCCGGGAGUCCUCCCUGUGGGACUGUGCUGCGGAGCCCUGGGGGCAGAGUGACUGCAAGCACGAGGAGGAUGCUGGUGUGAGGUGUUCUGGUGCAAGGUCAACAUUGCCCCUGACUACAGCAGGGACCAGACCAGCCUCAAAUCCUCUCCCUGGCAUCUUCUCCCUGCCUGGAGUCCUCUGCCUCAUCCUGGGGUCCCUUCUCUUCCUGGUCCUCAUCAUCCUGGUGGCUCAGGUGCUCAGAUGGAGAGCAGAGCACAGAGCCUUAUCCAGCUAUGAAGAUGCUCUUGCUGAAGCUGUGUAUGAGGAGCUCGAUGACUUUGUGACUCGGAAGGAGGGUCUUCUUGGUAGCCCAGGCUUCCUGUCAGAUGACUCAGUGGAUAAACUGCCAUAUUAUACCAGGGACGGUGAGGAGUACAGUGACUACAGAUUUGCACCAGAUCAGAGGACUGAUGUCCCUGCUGAAAAUUACGAUGAUGCUGAAGAGGUACCAGUGCCUGGGGCUCCUCCUGCCUCUCAGGGGAGAGAGGAGAAACUGCCCCCAGAGAAGGGGGAUUGGGUGAGGUCUUCUCAGAAAGCCUCUUCUCUGAACUUCUCCAGAGAGGUGACUGAUCCUGGGGAAGGAGGAGAGAGUCCCUGGCUGCUCCAGGGGAAGAAAGGGGACCCUGGGUAUGAUGACGUUGAACUCAGUGUCCUGGGAACAUCCCCAGUGACAUUCCCAUGAUCUUGUAUUAAUACGAGAUGAAGCCUCAUAUAUUCUAAUUGUCUGUAUUUCAGUAGAGUAGUGCUGACCUGUAACUGUUUUAUAUGGAAAUUGCUCAAAAUGAAAUAUUCUGAAUAAAGCAACUUUUUGCUGUGUUGGUAA